UAUAUAAAGGAUCUGAAGGACCUCUGUACCAUCAGUAGGACCCUUCUUCGCGGUAGGACAUCUUCUCCAGGACAUCUUCUUCUCCAGGACACCGUCUCAACUUCGCCAGGAUGAAGUUUGCAGUACUGUUGGCGUUAGUUGGUGUGGCAAGUUGUAGACCAUCUCUUUGGGACGACAUUGAAUAUUCUUACGUCGACGCGGCAGGACGCAUCGUCAAGGUCGAUUACGACGCGGACGAUUACUUGGGUCUUGGAUGGGCCUCUCCCCUCCCAUCCCUCUACAGGGCAGUCUCUACCGCCCCAGCCGCCAUCCCCUACACGCCCACGCCCGUCAGCACACAGUACGUCCAUGUGGCAGCACCUGCCCAAGCCGCCCCUGCCCCCCAAGUGGUGCCAAGAUACGUUUACGUCGAUGACGAUUUAGAUGAUGACGCUGUUCACAUGGAGGUCAGCCAGCCGUUGGUGAUGCCCCGCUCAGCUGCCGCCCCUGUGGUAACCAGCUUAGCUGCUGCUGCUGCCCCGGUGAUACCCCGCGUGGCCGCUGCCCCUCUGGUGACCCGAGCAGCUCCUGCUGUCCCUGUGGUGCCACUGCAGCCUUCCCCUUCUGCUGUUUUUCGCGCCGCCCCAGUGCCAACUCUCAAGGCAGCGAUCGCUGGAGCCACCAAUAUCGAAGUCGUGCAUAAGUACAGGAAUAGUGACGACGACGAUGAUGAUAACGACAGCGAAGAGAAGUAGAUGGGGAAGGAGGAGAUAAAUGGGAGAAGAGGGACAUAGAAGAGAGAGAUGAAAUUAACAGAUAACUGGGCAAUAUGGGAGGGAAGAUUCUCCCUGGAAUUGUCAUGUCUAAUUAAUGAGGUAUCGACUGUCAGUGAGGAAAAUCAAUAAAUUGGGGUUUUCGUUA